AUGCCCGCAUUUGGACAGGAUGUACUGCAGCUGGAACUUCGACUGCACUGGCACCAGCGGGUCGCAAAGGAAGCUGAAGUUUCCCAUAAGGUUGGCCAGCGUGUGCUCGGCGGCCUGCUUCUCCUGUGUGAGCAUUGCCAUGUAGGUCUCCUCGCCGGUGUGCUCCUCACCGGUGCCGAAGUCGUCGGGCUCGAACCUGGCCACGCGCUCCAGCUGGCGCUUCUCCCUGCGUCGUUGAGUGACGGCGAACUCUUUGAAGCGCUGGUCCUCCAAGUGCGUCAGCCACUGCCACGGCGGCAGGUCUGGGAAGUGCCUGAAAUCGUCGCCAGUGCGCAGCAGGAAGUACGACAUGUGCUCGAAGAACUGCUUGCGGUUGAUGUCGUAGUACUCCCAGGCGGGGAGGUGGUGCAUGUACUCGUACAGCAUGGGCGUGUCAGUACGCUCGUUGAACUUGACCAUUCUGGAGUUCCAGCUGGCCUUGUUGGCCUCGACCACGGCCGGCGCCUCUGGGUCGGGCGCGUCACCCGACUGCGAGUACAUGCCGUGCUUCUCCACGAAGGCUUGCCAGUACUGGUCGCUCUCGAGCCACUGCGAAAUUAUGACGAACACGAAGCCAAACAUGUACUUACCUCAUUAGUGUCGACCUUCCACACGGGCGGGUUGUUCUGUGACAGCCACAACGCCUUGGAGCCAUCGGCGACUAUCUUGUUCACCGCCCGCGUCGCCUGCUUGCAGUUCUGA